AUGCAAGCAUUUGUUCCCAAGAACAGGAGGCCUCGAUUUGACCUUGUUCUGAGGAUCAUCGAUAUCAACAAUGUCCCUCUGAGCAAGGGCGUCGUCUUCGUACGGUGGCGCCUCCCAUCAUCCAGCGCAACCGAGCACCAUGGAACUACAGAGAAAGCGACUCUUCUCGACCACCAAGCCUACUGGAACUACGAAAAAGCACUGCAAGUGCGCCUUACCAUUGACCGAACGUCCAUCCUUCAGGAGUGCGAUGUGUUCUUUGAGGUCUUUCAGGAAUUCUCCAACGCCGAUAAGAACCCGCUGGGCAAGAUCAAGCUCAAUCUCGCUGAGUAUGUGGACAAGGGUGAAGACGAUGAGGGCGUUGUGCGUCGGUACUUGAUGUUCGAAAGCAAGGUCAACAGUACUCUCAAGAUUGGGAUAGCGAUGCGUCAAGUGGAAGGCGAUCGCAACUUCACUACCCCUGCGUUGAAAUCUGCCACCGUCUUUGGCGGUAUUGCCGGUGUCGUCCACUCCUCGGAACCGGUCGACCACGACGAAUUGGGCCAGUUGCCAUCCAUCAAUGUACAAAGCCGCGAAGUAGCUGAUAUGCAAGACAUGUAUCGACGCACGUUAGCAGCAUCAUGGACCUCUCGAGCUGGCGAUCUGCCGGCGGACAAACUGGUUGAAGAGUUAUUUGCUGGCAGUUCUUGCUGGAACAACAAAGCUCACAACACCAACCGCGGAGCUGCGGCCGAAGAUGACCACGCAGACUCUUUCCUGACAACCGAGACCGCUGAUCGGCAGACUCGCUCGGGCAAGAGAUUGUCACCCAGUUUAAGUUUCGAGAAACGCCCCAAAAGUUCCAGCAAUCAUUCCCACAACAGCAGCAGGUCUCCCGAUUCCCUUUCCGCACUCGGCCAUGGGCAGAAAGGGGGCAGUAUUGAGCAGCAGAUUUAUGAUGGCGCGAAGGGACGCGGAUGGAGAAUUCGGAACUCGAAUAAUGAGCUGUCUGAGUUUGAUGUGCGGGAGGAUUUGCGGAGUUGGCAAGUCGCAGCGAAAGAGUAG